AUGGAGUUGAUGAAAUUUGUUGUUCUUCUCGUCUUGUCCUGCAUGGAAAUGCUGUUUCUCUUUCAAGAGUGGGGAACACUAUUCCACUUCAUUGCUCUUUGUUGUCUCCUUCUGUUCUGCAGUUCCCAAGUUUAUCCUUCAAGCCAUUCACCAGUAUACCUAGUGGAUUUCUCAUGUUUGAAGCCACCAAGUUUCUGCAGGGUACCUUUCUCCACCUACCUCGAGCAUGCUCAAAUGUUUGACUUUUUGGACCAUCAAAGCAGAGCUUUCAUGGCUAAAAUCUUGAUUCAAUCAGGACAGGGUGAACGAACCUAUCUUCCCCCAGCUUUACACUACAUCCCACCCAGAUCAAGCCAUCAAGAUGCCACUGGAGAAGUACACAUGGCACUCUUCCCAAUCUUUGAUGACCUCUUGUCCAAAACCAGACUCUCUCCACGAGAUAUAGACGUAUUAAUUGUCAACUGCAGCGGCUUUUGCCCUGCUCCAUCUCUCUCAUCCAUCAUUAUCAACAAGUAUCGCAUGAGAGAAGAUAUUAAGAGCUUCAAUGUUUCUGGUAUGGGCUGCAGUGCAAGUGCAUUAGCUAUUGACAUGGCUCAAAGCGUUCUCAAAACUCACAAGAAUUGGAAUGCUGUUAUUCUCAGCACCGAGAUUCUGUCAACCGGGUGGUACCCCGGAAAAGAAAGACACAUGAUAGUCCUAAAUUGCCUCUUCCGCAUGGGAGGUGCUGCAAUCUUGUUGACCAACAGAAGAGAAGCCAAAAGGGCAUCCAAAUAUAAGCUGCUCUUGAGCCAAAGAACUCAAAGAGCCUUUGAUGACAAGGGUUAUUAUUCCGCCAUCCGCGAAGAGGACUCCAGAGGACAUACUGGGGUUACGCUGAGGAGGGAUUUACUGCAUGUGGCCGGAGAAACUUUACGGUCCAACAUUUCGAUUCUUGGUGCAAGAAUAUUGCCUUAUACGGAACAAAUUUGGUAUGCAGUCUCAGUCUUUCGGAAGAAGUUUAUGGACAAGGCCACAGAGAUUUACGUGCCUAAUUUCAAAACAGUGAUACAACAUUUCUGCUUGCCAACUUCUGGGAAGCCGGUUAUCGGAGAGAUCGGAAAAGGUCUGAAACUUGGAGAAAGGGAUAUGGAGCCUGCUUUGAUGACAUUGCAUAGGUUUGGGAAUCAAUCUUCUUCUUCAUUGUGGUAUGAGUUGGCCUACAUGGAAGCCAAGGGAAGGGUGAAGAAAGGUGACAGAGUGUGGCAGCUUGGAAUGGGAAGUGGGCCUAAAUGCAGCAGUCUGGUCUGGGAGUGCAUCAGGCCCAUGUCAUCCGAUGCCGAAAUAGGCCCAUGGGCUGACAGCCUUGAAGGCCAUCCUAUCUCGGCUGCCAACGAACGUCAUACUGGUGGUCAGAAUUCAGCAAAUAAAAGUCGGUAG